AUGCCUGGCACAGAAGAAGCUCAGAAACUCAUCAAGGAGUUUUCGGACAAAAAUAUUGACGACUGCUGUCGCUCGUCGACUUUUACUGUUGAAGUGGAAGAGUCGGUCCGAGGACAUAUACACCAGGAACUAGUCACCUGGCUCCUCUAUCGGAAAUUGGCAGCCGACUGCGGCCGUGCAAAUAUCGCGUUGCACGGAUUCGGGCUCCUGUUCGAAAAAUCUGCAGUUGAAUGCCUCGCCGACGCCUGCUGGCUCGAGAGAUAUCUCAUCCAACGCGGCGGUAGAUGCAAGCCAACCAGUCUCGAAGUCCCCAAGUGCGAAUUCCCAGACAAUCCAGUUGAGCCAAUCAUCCCGCUAAGCAAAGCGGUCGAAACCGAGCGCAAGAUCCUCGAAGAUCUGGAGCGGUUGAUGCACCUGGCGGACAAAGCGGGUUGUUACUCGCUCUGUACCGCGCUCGACAAGCGGUUCCUGGGCAAACAGACGCAUCAUAUCAAGGACAUGGCGGAUCUGUUGCAGCAGACAGUCCGGGUAUCGAAGCAUGCCGGUCAUGGGAUUUUCCAUCUUGAUCGCGAGCUGCGUCGUGCCAAGGGCAAUCUGCCCUGGGGCAAGGUUAAUGAUCCUGAUUCUAUAGCCCUUGGAAUUGAUAAUAUUUCCUCGCAGUUGGACAAUGUCGAGGUUUGA